CGCGCUCAAUGGAAAACAAUUUAAUUUGGUUAGAAAAAUAUCGUCCAAAAACUCUAGAUGAGGUUCAUGGCAAUUCGGAUAUCGUAGAUAAACUUAGAGCAAUAGCAAAAAUGGGAAAUCUACCCAAUAUCAUAUUGGUUGGCCCUCCAGGAAUAGGGAAAACAAGUAGUGUUUUAUGUCUAGCCAGAUAAAUAUUGGGAGAUUCAAUAAAAGAAAGUGUUCUUGAAUUGAAUGCAUCUGAUGAUAGAGGUAUAGAAACAGUGAGGGAGCAAAUUAAAGGAUUUGCAUAAAAGAAAGUCAAUCUUCAGGAAGGAUAGCAUAAAAUAGUAAUUCUAGAUGAAGCUGACAGUUUAACAGAAGGUGCAUAAUAGGCUUUGAGAAUGAUCAUAAGUGAUUAUUCGACAUCAACGAGAUUUGUAUUAUCUUGCAAUGAUUCAACAAAAUUGAUCGAUGCAAUCUAAAGUAGAUGUUGUAUUCUGAGAUUCAAUCGAUUGGGUGAAAAAGAAAUCAGAGAUCGAUUGUUGGAGAUCAUAAAUUAAGAGAGUGUUACUUACACAAAGGAUGGAUUGGAUGCUUUAACAUUUACAGCAGAAGGAGACAUGAGACAAGCAAUAAACAAUCUGUAAGCCACAUUUACAGGAUUUGGAUUAGUCAAUAGAGAAAACGUAUUCAAGGUUUGCGAUGUGCCUAAUGUUGAUGAUUUGAAGAAAAUCUUAGAUCAUAUGUUGAAAGGGGAAUUCUAACCAGCUUAAUCACUUAUGAAAUCGAUUUUCGAUAAUGGGUAUAUGGCUUAUGACAUUACCAAUACAUUCAAUAAAGUUAUCCAAAAUCAUAAUGGGGACAGAGAUCUUUAAUUUGAAUUCUUACGUCAAAUUGCUUUUCUUAAAGCUAGAAUCUUAGAGGGAUUGCCUACGUUUUUAUAGAUGUCUGGAUUCAUUGCUAAAUGUUGUAAUAUAUCCAAAAGCUAUCAUAAUAAAUGA